CCCGAUCUAAAACUUGCGCCGAACAAUAUUUUUAUUUAUUUCACAAGUGGCUUUGGUGUAGACCUCGCGUGAACUAAGGCUGGAGCAGUGUUUUUAAAACAUCAACAAAAUGUGGAAAAAUAUGCUCUUGUAUUUUUAUGUAGCUGCAGGUUUAGUUGCAGGCGAGUGGCAGCCGCAAGAUUAUGGCCAAAGUCAAUUACUUUAUCCAUUUCCUCCUCCCUCACGGCCAUUGGACCAGAGACCGGUCUCAUCACCGCAUUUUACUGAACAACUCGCAAACAUGCCACGUGCAAGACCUUGUCGACGCCGGAAUUUCGGAGAUGUUUUUAGUGAUUCUGGUUGGGUACCUGCACCGUUUGUUCAACCGCCGAUAGCUCAGCAAAUUGGGAACCAACUGCUUCAACCUCAACUUAAGCCUCAAUCAUUGACGGAAAAUAGCUCUCCAACUGUAGAUGACAAAAAGCAUGAAUCAGAUCAGAUGGACCGGAAAUCUGAACAACCUGACAAAAUAGUUGUAUUUAUUGAAAAGAGCUCGGUUCUAAAUCAAAUGUCAGCGAGUGAAAGCAAGAAAGCUACUCCGGAUAAAAAACCGAAUAAUAAUUUAUUGGAUUCCGCGAGAGUUGACUAUGACCCUAGACCUCCUAUGGUAGACUCAAGUGAAGAUUCUCUGGAGUGUGAAAGAAAGGACGAGGCAGACGCGGAACCACGUUACGGUAAUUCUGAAACGCAAGAUGUAGUCGGUAAAAGUUCACCUAGUGAAGCCCGUGAUCAAGCCGUAAAACUUAUUGCUAAUUGUAUUCACGAAUCUAGACGUUCUAUGCCAGAUUAUGAAAUAGAUUCAAGAAGAUUACAAGCUGAUAGUCCGUCAUCCGUGGAGCUUGAUAAAUCAGGUGCUGGCAUUACAUCAAAAAUGGAACCAGUAAGAAAUACUCAAACAAACGUAUUAAAACCAAUAUUAACACCGAACACAGUAGUAAUACCAAGUAAGAAUGCAAUAGAUAUGAAUAAAGUAAAAUAUUACCUUCAAAAUCCUGCAAAGAAUGCCGGUAAAUGGAACGAUGAUAGACAAGUGUCGUUGAUGGAAAAUGGUAAAGCUUGCUACGCAUGCAGCACACAUCAUGACCCCUCCUGUUGGAAAACAAAUGCAACUACGACCAUAAAAUAUUGCAACAGGGAUAAUAAUGCGUGUCUUACAAAAAUGUACAAAAUAGAAGGGAAAUCGAUCCUGAUCCGCGAUUGCGGCCACACUUGCAACGAAGACGAAGGGUAUUAUAUUGGGCAGAAGAUGGUCUCGUGCAGCAUUUGCCACAACGACAUGUGCAACAGUGCUUAUGCCAUACAUAGCCUCAAUGCACUUCUAGUAGGCUUUGUCAUAGUUGCUCUCAAAUUUACUUUACAAUAAAUAAUACGAUCAAGGCUUG